AUGAAGAGAUCAUCAGCUGAACGAUUGUUGACCUGGUGUAAAACAUCCUCAAACCAGAUCACUCACCAUCCAAGAUGUCGAUUUCCACAUAUCAACAACCAAGUUCGACAACAGAGUGUUUGGUCUAAAGAGAACAUUGUUCGAAGUCCCAUUGCUAAUGCUGACAUACCCAAUGUCUCCUUCUCGGAGUACAUCUUCUCUAGAUGUGAUGAAUUCAAAGACAAUACAGCUGUGAUAGAUUUUGAAUCGGGAAGAAACUAUAGUUAUACUGUAAUGAAAGGGGCAGCUAUAAAGGUAGCCAGUGCUCUAACUAGGCUGGGGUACAAGAAGGGUGAUGUUAUAGCAGUCUACAGUGCCAAUGUACCAGAAUAUUCUAUUAUAAUGCUAGCAGCAUCUUCUAUAGGAGUUAUUGUCACCCCGGCCAAUCCUUCAUACACUCCAGGAGAACUAGCAAUACAAUUAGAACAUUCCAAAGCCAAGGCAGCCUUUACCAUCCUUCCUCUGUUACCAAAUUUAAAAGAAGCCAUCAACAGCAAACAAUCCUUAGCAUCAAGUGUCAAGGAAAUCUUUAUACUCGGAGAAGCAGAAGGUUGUCGUCCAGUGUCAGAACUUCUAAAAGAUGACGGUACCAUGUUUCCUGAUGUUUCUAUAGAUCCUAAAAACGAUAUUCUGAUUUUACCCUAUUCCAGUGGUACCACAGGGCUACCGAAAGGAGUGAUGUUAACACAUCAUAAUUGUAUAGCUAACCUGUAUCAAGUCAAAUUAUCAGUAGACAUAAAACAAGGAGUGGACAGAUUUUUAGGAAUUUUACCAUUUUAUCAUAUUUAUGGAAUGAUACCAGUACAGUUUGGUGCUAUAGAUAAUGGUUGUCCUCUUAUAACACUGCCUAAAUUUGAUCCACCUGUAUUCCUUAGAGCUUUACAAGAACAAAAGAUAUCUAUUCUUCACGCUGUUCCACCAAUUCUAUUGUUUAUGGCCAAACACCCCUCAGUAUCUAAAGAAUGUGUACAGAAUUUGAAAUAUAUUGUUAGUGGUGCUGCUCCUCUAGGUGUUGGUCUGUCAAAAGAAUUCACAGAUAGACAUGAACUUCCGAUCUACCAAGGUUAUGGUUUAACAGAAACAUCUCCUGUGAUAGCUAUAGAUAAUCCACCUGCUAAAUUAGGAUCUAAUGGUCCUGUCGUCUGUAACUCUACAGCUAAGGUUAAAGAUGUGGAGACAGGAAGAAGUUUGGGGCCAGGUGAAGAAGGUGAGAUAUGUAUCAAGGGUCCUCAAGUGAUGAAAGGUUAUCUGAAUAAUCAACAGGCUACAGAUGAUAUGAUAGAUAGCGAUGGUUGGCUACAUACCGGUGAUAUUGGUUUCUUCUGUGAGGAGGGGAACCUGGUAAUAGAGGACAGACUCAAAGAGUUGAUCAAAUAUAAAGGAUUUCAAGUACCACCAGCUGAACUCGAAGCUAUUCUGCUGACUCAUCCUAGUGUCCAAGAUGCGGCUGUUAUCGGUGUUCAGGAUGCUGGUACUGGGGAACUUCCCAAAGCUUUCAUUGUCAGGAAACCCAAUACAAACGUUCAGGAAGAUGGCAUCUUGAAAUUUGUAGAAGAGAAAGUUGCUCAACACAAAAGAUUACGGGGUGGUGUCGAAUUUAUUGAUGUUAUUCCAAAAUCACCCAGUGGCAAAAUUCUCCGUCGUCAAUUAAGAGAAUAA